GUAGCUGGGCCGUAUGAUCUGCAUGUUAACUGUUCAGUUGGAGCCCUCCAGAAGCCCAACCGUCCCCACCUUCACGUUAAGGCCAUCGCUGCGGCAACGUCAGCGGGGGGCGCAUUAUGUGAAGCCUAGGCUUCAGCACCUACAAAGCUCCAACUCUGACCAACGGUUAAGUACUAAAACAUUCUCUGCCUUUACCUACGUUUACAACGCUAGAUUUUCGCACCCACACACAUGGGCUUCACAAUAAACCUAACCUGGAAGGGCAGCAGCAUAGUGGUCUACCUCAGGGAUGAGGACCCGGAGUUGGGUGAACUUGGUCGCGCGAUUGAAACGCAAGCAGGAGCUUCCUACGAGACAAUUAAGCUUCUUCUCUCGGGCAAGAAGGGGUUCAUUGCACCGGCACAAAAGCCUGAGCAGCGCGCCUCAGAAGCAGGCCUGGUCAGCGGCUGCAAGGCCCUGCUGAUGGCAAGCUCUGCUGAGGAUGUAACGCAAGUGCGCGCAGCUCGUGACCUAACGGGACUUCGCGGCUUUGAUGACGAGCUCAAGCGCGCUGCUAGGAGGCGCCGUACAGCUGCCAGCUCCGCGAUCCUGCAGCCUCCUAAAGCGGAGUUUACCUUUGGUGCGUACGAGACCUGGCAACGACCGGGACUGCGCCCGCCACAUGGUGACGCACUCAAGCUGCUGUACAGGUUGGCGAACGACCCGGGCAUCCUAGGGAUCAUGGCCGCCCACCGCUACCAUGUGCGGCUGCUUAGUGAGAUGCCUCCAGAAGGCAAGGUGGGAGUCUCGCCGGUGUGCAUCCUGGGCGUUAACGUUAACGCGGGCCAGGAGAUCAGCUUGCGUCUGCGUACGGAUGACCUCAAGGGCUUUCGCAAGUUCGAGCGCAUCCGGGAGACGCUGAUUCACGAACUGGCGCACAUGGAGUACGGCGAACAUGACAACGACUUUAAACAACUUAACUCCCAGCUAACGCGCGAGUGCGCUGCCAUCCACUCCAGGCACUCCGCAAGUCGCUCGCUGCUCCGCGACUUGGGCCUGACCGCCGAUGAUGACGAGGGCCUGCCGUCGCGUGUCAGCGAGCUUGACGCGGUACUGCUUGAAGACGAGGAUGACGUUAUGACGGCAACGGCGCGAUUGAGCGGCAGGACGUUACGGCAGUUGGCGGCUGCGGGUGCCGCCGCCGCCAGCGGCGGCGAUUCCUUGGCGGCGACAGGAGUCGCAGCAGGGAUGGUGGCGGCGGCGGGGGCGGCGACUCGCGUUCUUGGGAAUGGUGCCUCCUCGACGCCGGCGGCGCGAGCGGCUGCGGUUGCAGCGCUGCUGCGUACUCAGUUGCCACAGCAGGCAGCUUUGGCGGAGCAUGCAGAGCCGUUGCAGUUUCCGUUGCAGAUUUCGGAUCCUGUCGUACCGUCUGUUAGCGGCGGCGGAGGCAGUGGACGAAGCAGCGGAGACGGGGAUGCCGGUGAUGGGGGCGAUAGGGGCGGCGGCGACGGAAUUGAGCGGGAGUUCGAGCACUACGAUGCGGUGACGGAGCAGGCGGAGGAGGCGGCGAGGAGGCUUGCGGAGCCUGCAACGGCUGAGGAGGCGGAAGCGCUGAGCAGCCGGCUCGGUGAAGAUGGUACCGGUAUUGGCAGUGCCCCAGCUGUUCUCCAUGCUGGCGGCAGUACCGGCACCCCUCGCAGCAACGUGGUAAAGGAGGGCUCGGUUCUGGGUACACCGGAAGUGAUGAAGCGGCGGCAGGACGUCGAGGCUGCCGACGGGGCUGCUGCAACUGGUAACGGCGGCGUGGUGGAGGUUCUCAGAUCUCCCCGCCAAAUGGAUGUGGAUUCGCUGGCUACUGCUGCCGUCGCGGCUGCUGCUGCCGUACCGCCUGUCGUACCUCCUGUUGUCGUACCGCCGAGCAACACGGACAGCAUGACUGCACCGCUGCCGCCAUCACCACUGCGCCCAGCCGACGGUGACGGCAGUACGGCACUCACCGCGCGGGCACAGCUGCAGAAGCCGCCACCGCCUCCACCACUGCCCCUCAUCUUGACACCACCUCCGGAGCUGUUCCUGGACGACGCCACCUCCGCCACAGUUGCUGACCAGGACCAUGACGUCGUACAAGAAGUCGUACGUUCGAAAGCCCGGCAAGCCUGGACCGCCCUCUCGCAGCUGGUAGCCUCCGCCUCCCCUUCCGCACCCUCUGCCUCCUCCUCCUCACCACCACCCUCCUCAGCCUCGGCCUUCACAAUCUCAGCCGCUGACGUGCUGCUAGCGCUCGAAACGCUCGAGACCUUGCUGGGUAACGCUGCCCAGCUGCCGCAGGAGGAGCGCUACCGGCGGGUGCGGCUGGGCAACGUGGCGCUUCAGCGGCGGCUGGGGCGGUUGCCG